AUAUCCCAAAACCUCCUUUUCUUCCUCUGACUUCUCUGUUCCCUAACUCUCCACUUCUUUCUUACCUGUUCUUUCCCAUAAUUAAACAGCAAUACCCACCAUCUCUAUGUCUCUCUCUCCCCAUUUACUCCUUCUUUGCUUUUUAUUCCUUUUCAGUUAAACUUGUUAAAUAAAAAAGAAAAAAAUAUCUAAGCCCACACCUUACCCUCUAUUAGUGUUUCAGAAACAUAGAAAACUCAAUGACCAAUUUUGUCUUCUCAUAAACAGUCAUAGCUAGGAAAGCUACACUGGAAACAGAUGUCUCCGAUUUCAAAGCAGUUUUUAGGUGAUUUCAGAAGCAGGCCACUUUCAGUUGAUCUUGAAAUUUGAGAAGAUGACUCUGAAUCACUGAAUAAAGGAAAUGGUAUGUGGAUUUUACCUUCAAACUUUGUGUCAUCGCAUCAGUGCCUGCCCCGUUUUGCCUCCACCAAAAUCUGCCUCUCUAGCCAAGCCUCCAGAGAUAAAGUAAAUAUCCCAGAGCAAGCUCAGAAAUAGAUUUCAUUCUGGAUAAUCUGGUGGUUAACUCCCACUCCUAUUUGUUAAAUUAGCUUCUAACUUGAGCACAGCUACAUCAUGAAACCAAACUUUGAUCUUGAAGUUGAGGCACAUGCAGAAUAUGAAUCUGAAGUUAGCAGCCAGGUUGCUUCCAAUGUUUCUAUUCAAGAAACCUCUAUAGGUCCUUGUAGUGACAGCCUCACUAACAUUUCCCACACCACAAAUCCAAUUGGGAGUCAUCCUAAUUCAGAUGCUAUUUCACUUGACUUAACUCUCAACUUCAAGAACAGUGAGCCAGGGGGAAGAGAUUCAAUAGGAUUCUCAUUCUCAAGCACUAGCGAGAGCAGCAAUGAACCUGCUUCUCAAACCACAGCAGCGACCAUAUCACGAGUCUUCUCUUGCAAUUACUGUAAGCGCAAAUUUUUCAGCUCUCAGGCUCUUGGUGGACACCAGAAUGCCCACAAGAGAGAAAGAACAUUAGCAAAAAGGGCUUUGAGAAUGGGAUUUUUCUCUGAAAGGUAUGCCAAUCUAGCAUCUCUCCCUCUGCAUGGUUCCUUUAGGUCCUUAGGAGUAAAGGCACACUCUUCACUGCACCAUGGCUUCUCACCAACAAUGAGGACUCCUGAGAUAAAAAGCAACGCAAGAUUUGAUCAAGGGUAUGUUGGCAUCCCAAUAUUCUUGGAAGAUGAUGAGUCAGAUUUGUUGUGGCCGGGUAGUUUUCGUCAGGUUGUCGAGGCUGGUGAUAGUCAUCAGAAUUUCAUACUGACUGGAAGUUCAGAUUUGAGUUUUACUGGGGUUAAUCCACCUGUAGAAAUAGAGAACUCAACACCAGAUUUGACUUUGAAACUUUGAAGGACGUAAUUUGGUACAGUUCCGGCCUUGAGUUGUCUGCUUUAUUGUUAUGUUGUUGUACAGUAAGACAUGCAUGCAAGGGGCCAAGAUUGCCAGAUUCGUUACUAGACUUGUUGGGUUUCCUUUUAGUUUCAUUUUCAGUUUUCUCUUAGGAAUCUUGCUUUGGUAUUUUGCUUUGUAUGUUUCUAGUUGUAUAAGGGCUCCGGGAGGACAAUUUUGGAGCUUCUGUGCUUGUUAUAUAAAUCAUGUCUUUCCUUCACUGUAAUUAUUGAGCUUCUAUGUGUUUUAGUCUUCA